AUGCGCAGUCUUGGAUUUCUGCUGCAACCAUUAGCCGGUGGCAUCGCAAGGAUCGUCGCAGAUGAAUCAGGUCAAGGUGAAAAAAAAAUAUUAGUAGAAUGCUUCAUGUUUUGGAAUUCCGUGAAAAAUAUGCCAGACGUCAUACUUUUAGAGACAAAGGAUCUACAAUGUUGUAAUUCUGACACGGUUAGUCAAGCUCUUUCUGAAUCUUGUACUAAAUAUGGCUUUGACACUAUGCGAUGUCUUACCUUUCUAUCCGAUAAUACAAAUUAUAUGAGCGGUCACAUUGGUGGUGCCAUAACUAAGUUCAACCAAUUAACUAAAAGUAAUUGUAUCCGAAUUUCUUGUGGAUUGCACAUAUUACACCUAAUUUUAAACAAUUUUGAGGAAACGGCCUUUGGCAAGCUUCCUGCAAAUACUGGCUUUUCAAAGACAUGGCAUCCAUUUAAUCUUCUUUAUUUAGUAUGGAUGUUGCAUGACAGAUAUGAUCGAAGUGAUAAGGAUUUACUAUUAAAUAUCAGAAGUGAAACGAUUCGUGGCCUUUAUAAAGCAUGGCUUGAUUAUCAAUUAACUAAAUAUCAGCAAUCUUUACGAUCAAGAUGGCAAUAUGAAUUAAUUACAGCGGAGCAAUAUCUUGAACAAUGA